UAAUAAUAUGCCGCGCCCAACAAACAAUAAAAAAAAAUCAAGGCAAGCUUAUGAGGCAAAGGCACAUAAGCAUAAUAUUAAUAUUAAUAAUUCUGAAGCAGAAAAUUCUGAUAACUUUUCUUAUGAUAAGACGGUUGAGAAUAACAAUGUUGCAAGUAUUGUAAAAAGACUUCAAGCUGCAGCAAACAAUUAUUAUAGCGAUAAUAAUGUGCUAAAAAAUUAUGAUAAUGAAA